GGGGGCGAGGAGGAGGAGGAGGAGGAGGGGGGCGAGAAAAAAGAACCGAGCGGGCCAUUAACAGAAAGCUCAGUCAAGUUUUGUGAGUCGAAGAGGGCACAUCGGCUCGUCAGCGCGCAGGCGAUUACACGACACGUUGGGUUUUUAUUUGCGGUGUAUUUGAGGAUAUUAAUACCAUAUUCUUUCCAUAUCGAGGACGUAUAAAUACACAUACAAGUGACCCCCCCCCCCCCGUGCGCUGUCGCUUUAAAAGCGAACACCUACCCCCCUCCCUUCGCCCCCCCAAUAUCAGACCCCCCCCCUCCCCCCUCCCCCACCCCCACAUACAAAAUCACACAGAUAACAUGGACGGAUUCUAUGACCAGCAGGUCCCAUUUAUGGUCCCACCCAGACAGCACAAGUCCCACGUGGAGGAGCCAUCGCACCACAGGCCCCUGAACGACCGGAAGAGGAAGUUUGUGGACACCGAACUGGCCCAGGACACGGAAGACCUCUUCCAAGACCUCAGUCAGCUGCAAGAGAUCUGGAUUGCAGAAGCCCAGGUGCCUGAUGACGAGCAGUUUGUCCCCGAUUUCCAGUCGGACAGCUUGAUGUUUCAUGGCCCGCCGCCAGCCAAGAUCAAACGGGAGCUGGCUCCCUCCAAAGAGUUCUCCCCCUGCCGCCAGGACCGGAGUCCCAUGCCCUACGGAGAGAAGUGCCUUUACAGCUACAGUGCCUGUGACAGGAAGCCCAGUCCCGGGUUCAAGCCAUUAACUCCCCCGUCGACGCCGGUCUCUCCUUGCGGCCCCACCAGCACAGAACAGACUCCUCCUCCUCACCCCCACGUAGCCAACCCGACCCCGGGGUCGCACCCUCUGCACGUGCAGCAGCAGCAGCAGCAGCAGCAGCCCAUAACGGCGAGCGCGGGUUCUCCCAACCAGCAAGCGCUCCCGGUCCACAGCCCGCCCUUCGUCGUGCCGUGCACGCCCAUCAGCCAGGAUGCCAACACCUUCACACCUGAGCACAGGUUCCAGCGGCAGAUGUCGGAGCCAUGUCUACCGUUCCCCCCGUCAGAGAGGCAAGGGCGCCCCCAGUUCCUGCACCAGCCUCCCAGCAGCAGCAGCAACAACAACAACAACAACAACAACAACAGUCUGCCACGUGACGGCCGGCCACCGUACCACCGCCAGAUGUCGGAGCCUCUGGUAGCCGUGCCGCCCCAGGGGUUCAAGCAGGAGCUCAUCGACCCGCGGUACGCGGAGCAGGGCGUCCCCGCCAUGGGCCCCCAGCGGCAGGCUGCGUUCCACCCCAUGGCCAUCAAGCCGGAGCCGCGCGACUUCUGCUUCGAUUCUGAAGUGCCUAACUGUCAGUCAUCUUUUGGGAGAGCGGUGAGCUUCUACCAAAAUAACCAUGAAAGCUUCUCCUUCGACAGAGAUCCUCAGCUGUACUUUGACGACGCCUGUGUGGUCCCUGAAAGAUUAGAAGGUAAAGUGAAACAGGAACCCUCCAUCUACCGCGACGGGCCUCCCUACCAGCGCCGCGGCUCCCUGCAGCUCUGGCAGUUCCUGGUGACGCUGCUGGACGACCCGGCCAACGGCCACUUCAUAGCGUGGACCGGCCGCGGCAUGGAGUUCAAACUCAUCGAGCCCGAGGAGGUGGCUCGUCGCUGGGGCAUCCAGAAGAACAGACCGGCCAUGAACUACGACAAGCUGAGCCGCUCGCUCCGCUACUACUACGAGAAGGGCAUCAUGCAGAAGGUGGCCGGUGAGCGGUACGUGUACAAGUUUGUGUGCGACCCCGAGGCCCUGUUCUCCAUGGCGUUCCCCGACAACCAGCGGCCCAGCCUGAAGGUGGACCCGGACAGCCUGCCGGGGCUGGACGACGACACGGUGCCCCUCACCCACUACGAGGAAACGGCCCCUUACCUGCUGGACACCAUGGGGGAGCAGUGUGUGGCGGGCCUGCCCUUCCCGGACGGAUACGGCUACUAACGGGUCCCGGAGCACGACACGCACACGCACAUUUUUUAAUUAAAAAAACACUCCCGAAAAAGUC